CAUUACAUCCACCAGCUAGCUUGUUGAAGAAAUGAAUGGCUAUUUAAAUCAAAUUUAUUUUUCUUUAAGAACUAUUAUUGCUCCUUAUGUUCAAUUUUUGUUUUCUCGUGACACUUCUUUGCAGGUUCAUCAACAUAAUUUUUGCUCAAAUUAUAAAAACCAUACUAAUGAUAAUUUUUGUUUCUUUUUUUGUCCGUUAAAUUAUAGAAACCAUACUAAUGAUGAUUUCCAACUUCAUGCAUAUGCCGCUUUUGGGAUUUGAAAGUUUAAUAACUGGGGAACUCAUUGUGGAGCCCCAGUGUUCCUUCUCUUCUUUCCAAGUCAUCUAUAUUCUUUUGUUUCCUAUGGUGUGGCGUAUCUAGUUUUUGGAAUACUGCACUUUUUAGGUAGUUCUUUCAUCUUGACAAGGAACAUUAGAAGAAUGGUUUUAAUGUAAUCUGCAGGUUUGUGGGAGAUACGUGUGCAUUGACAACUAAUAUUUUAAUGGGGUGGAUCUUAUGAAAGUUCCACCCAAGGGGCUAUCAGUUUGUUAGCUUGGUUCUUUUUGGAUUAUGGGAGAUAUGUGUGCAUUGACAACUAAUAUUUUAAUGUAAUCUGCUGGUUUAUGGCUAAUGAUGGGAAGAUGAAGCUGAAGGCAAUGCUUCUAACCCAUUCCUCUUCAGAAAUACAUUCUAGAAAACUUCAGAACUUUGGAGAUGCAUUUUCGCACCUAGCAAGUGAACAAGUUUGCCUCGCUUGGUCUAGAACGAGCUCCCCUCGGGUCAAGAGUGCAUCGAGCAUGUCCAAAAACCAGGUGAGUCAACUAACAACAGUCCCCCAUAUGUACAUAAAAGGCCAUCACAUUGUGGAGCUCUUCAUCUGCUUGACGGACCUUCAUUGAAUUGUCUUUUUAUUUUGAAGUCUUCCAUUGUAGAUUUUAGUUUUUAUAGUCAGGUUUGCAAGUCAGAUAAAUAAUGUUUCAAAUUACAUCAUGGUUGUUU